UGGAAUUAAGACCCGCCUCCACCAUUGGGCCGAGUGCGCAUGCCCGGCCGCGCGCCGACGCCAACUUUCCCUGUUCGGCGCCUGCGCGACCGUGAUCCCUCACUCUUGUCUCACCUCCCCCUCCCAACGCCCCAAGCCUGGUCGUGAAGGCCGCGAGCUUCGAAAGGGCGGGAAAGGCAGUUGGAGCGGGAGGAAGGAACGGUUACUCACUCCAUGGCUGCGGAAAGAAGAGGCAGCGGCGGCCUCGGCUGAAGGAAGAAGGUGGGAGCGGAGAGCGCAGGCGCGGUUGCAGACGCUGACGGAUUUGCUUUGGGAGUCGGAGUAGCUGCUGCCACCGGAGUCUGGAGCCAUGAGCGUGUUUAAUUUUGGAGGCACUGGGGCCCCCACAGGCGGGUUCACGUUUGGCACUGCAAAGACAGCAACAACCACCCCUGCUACCGGGUUUUCUUUCUCUACGUCUGGCACUGGCGGGUUUAAUUUUGGGACUUCGUCCCAGCCUGCUGCAAGCACCCCUUCUACGAGCCUGUUCUCACUCACGACCCAGGCGCCGGCGACACAGACCUCAGGCUUCAGUUUUGGAACCACAACUCCCGCUGCAGGAGGAACUGGGUUUUCCUUAGGGAUCAGUGCUCCGAAGCUAAGCUUGGGCAACGCAGCUGCCACUCCAGCCGCAGCACAGCCCAGUGGCUUUGGGCUUGGCGGAAGCACCCUCACCAAUGCCAUCUCGAGCACUGUCACCUCCAGCCAGGGCACGGCACCCACCGGCUUUGUGUUCGGCUCCACCACCACCUCCGCUGCUCCGUCCACCACACCCGGGGGCUUUUCGUUCACAGGUGGAAGCACGUCCCAGACCGGGGGUACCUCCACUUUCAAUAUUGGCUCCAUGGGGAGUUCGGCCCAGCCCACGACACUUGCUGGGUUGGCCUUUACUCCGGCCACACCAGCAGCCACUGGAGCGGGAGCCACACAGCCAGCUGCUCCCGCACCCACUGCUGCCACCUCCAGUGCUGGGCCCACGCUCUUUGCCUCACUCGCUACUGCUCCAACUUCGUCUGCCACCACUGGGCUCUCCCUUGGUGCCCCAGCAACCACGGCUGGAACAUCUGGGACUGGAACGCUGGGCUUCAACUUAAAGGCGCCUUCUACCACGUCCACAGCUACAUCCUCCACCGCCGCCACCACCAGCAGCAGUAGCUUUGCCUUGAAUCUGAAACCCCUGGCACCGGCCGGGAUCUCCAGCAAUGCACCCACCACCAUAACUGCUCCGUCUGGCCCCAGUGCAGCCAGUGGGGGGCCCGCCAGUCCAGUGAUGACCUACGCCCAGCUGGAGAGUCUGAUCAACAAGUGGAGCCUGGAGCUGGAGGACCAGGAACGGCACUUCCUGCAACAGGCCACACAGGUCAACGCCUGGGACCGCACGCUGAUCGAGAAUGGGGAGAAGAUCACCGCCCUCCACCGCGAGGUGGAGAAGGUGAAGCUGGACCAGAAGAGGCUGGACCAAGAGCUCGACUUCAUCCUGUCGCAGCAGAAGGAGUUGGAAGACCUGCUGAGCCCACUGGAGGAGUCGGUGAAGGAGCAGAGCGGGACCGUCUACCUGCAGCACGCUGACGAGGAGCGCGAGAAGACCUACAAGCUGGCCGAGAAUAUAGAUGCGCAGCUGAAGCGCAUGGCCCAGGACCUCAAGGACAUCAUCGAGCACUUGAACACGUCCGGGGGCCCUGCCGACACCAGCGACCCGCUGCAGCAGAUCUGCAAGAUCCUCAAUGCACACAUGGACUCCCUGCAGUGGAUUGACCAGAACUCGGCCCUGCUGCAGAGGAAGGUGGAGGAAGUGACCAAGGUGUGCGAGGGGCGGCGCAAGGAGCAGGAGCGCACCUUCCGGAUCACGUUUGACUGAGGCCAGGGCUGGCUGCAGGGCCCGCGGGUCCCGAGGGUGUUCACUGGGGGGGUGCGCAGUUAUUGUCUGGCUUUUGUUUGCAAUGAAAUAGUUGUUUGAAUUGUUUCUUUCAAACAACUGUGUUCUUGAGAGAGCUGUUUUGUGAUUUGACUUUUUGAAUUAACAGGCAGAAGUAUUCUGAGUGCCCUGGUUUGGGCAGCAGCCUAGCAAGUGUGCUUUCUCUGCAUCUUUCAUGCGUCCCAGACCCUCUCACCCACUGCAGCCAUCCACGGCAGCCCGCUCGGCCCAGCCUGGUGCCGGGGAAGUGCCCGUUCGCACGAGAGCCUUCGUCUGCUGGCCAGGGCUCCCUGGGCAGCUUCUCCGUCUAACACAUGCUCUUAGGAGCGGUGCUCGGGGAGACAGCAGACUGGCCUAAGGCGCGUACAUACAGAAAUCAGUCACCCGUGCAAGGUGAAGUGUGACUAGAGCAGACAGUGCUAUAGUGAUUUUACAGGAGACAGGCCGGAUAAGGGACUCGAACAAGGUGUUGAAAAAAGGGUCAUACUCCGGCCAGGCAGUCUUCAUGGUGCCUGGUGUCCUUGGCUUCUUGGUCUCUCUGUUAGGCCUCACCUCAGCUGCCCCAGAGCCGUGUCACAUGGUCAUCCUGCAGUCCCCCCACCACACUGAGCUUUCCCCUUUGGUGACUCUUGCCACUCACUAUAUUGUACUGUUUACUUCUCCGCCUGCCUGUUAGAUUGUGAGCCCCUGUGGGCAGGGAGUGUUUCUUGCUCCCCUUUUGUGUCCCCAGCAUAAUCCCUGUCACAUUUACGGAAUGAAGGAACAAUAGAAAUGAAAGCCAGCAUGAAACAUUAACUCACAAAAUGCCUGCUAAAGUGGCAGGCGCGGUCACAGACGUGGUUCUCAACUUCCCGAUGCCAAAGCAACCCUGGUCAGGUACAGUGAGACCCGCAGAGUCCAGAGGCAGAAGCCAACCAGCUGUACCCCAGGUGUCUUUCUUGUUUGUCUUUACACUUCAGUGCACUCUGACAUACCCAGAACUGUAUGUUGCUUUCCAAAAUAAAAUAAAAAUUUUCUUUGGAACAAAAUAAA